CUUGCACAUGAGUUUGCACUGGCAACGAUCUGGUGGACACCAACUAGGGCUCAUGGGAAUUGACAGGAAUUCAAUGACCCGCUGAGAUGCAGAUGGAGACCCAACAGGUCAUUGCGAUUGAUGACACACAUGUUGCGAGGGCCCUUCGUUCAACUCUCCUCCAUGCACCAUGGGCUCUGCCUGCCGGAAGUCUCUGCCGGCCGAAACGGGCUCAGACACCACCGCUGGUGCGGAGCAAGCUGAGCAGAUUCCGGUGGUUCACCCCGUGGAGGAGAAGAUUGUGGAGCGGCCGGGGCCUGGCCUAGGCAGUUUGGUGCGGGAUGUGGGGCGUUGGCACGCUCCGGUGGUGAUCCUGGACGUGGGGAAAGGCUUGAAGGGCAUCAAGGCCAGGGGUUUGCGGGGGUUGUUUCACUUCGGAGAAUGGAGGAGGACUGAGGAGGUGACUUCUGGACGCUUUUUGUGUAGUUUUCAAUGGUUUCCUCAUCAGGCGAGCUUCUUUAAGCUUUUCCCACGGGGGAAGUUCAUGAGCGUCACCGAGUUCUUCUCAAGCGAGUCGUUGCUGGGCCACUGCAUCGUUUUGAUCCAUGGGGGGGGCGAUCACAAGAACUACCUGGGGGAGCCUGAACGAGAGAAGCUGGUGGAACACCUCCGCAAAGGUGGAUCCCUGUUGACGAUUUCCGCUGGUGGCACCUUUUGCGGCUGCAACCAGAACUGCCUCUCCCUGCUGCCCAUCUGGGCCCACGAACGACCACAUUGGCAGCGUGGCACGGGGUCUGUGAAGCUGAAGCUGACGGCCUAUGGAGAACAUCUCCUGCCGGAUUUCAAAGGUUUAGAGCUUGAAUCCCAGUACUACAAUGGCCCCCUGCUGCUGCCUGUGGCGGAAGAGGGAUGGGGGGCAUCCUUAGAGCUCCCACUGCCAAUCUUCCCACUCCUCACCUACCAGACAGAGAUGAACGAAUGCCACGCUUCGCGCUCGCUGCUGGGGAUGCCUGCGGUGCUGGGCGGUGAGCUGGGCCUCCUGGGGGGGACGCUUCGUGGUCUUUGGGCCCAACGUCGAGGUGAAGCCCUCAGCGUCUUGGCAGAUCGUGGGCCCCGUGACGUGGAAACGAAAGACCUCCAGGAGUCCAUGCUGCUCUUGGUCCAACGCCUGGCCUCCUGGCUCUCUGCCUCUCCUCAGCUCCGCGCGCUUUCGGCCGCGGGCCGCGAUGCGGGGGUGGAAGAGGCCGUCGCUGCGAGGCCGCUGUACAGCGAGGUGCACGUGGCGGGGACAGAGCGUGAUGGCGGAGAGCUUUUGAGGUUUCCUCAGCCUUCGGCCUAUCCUGCCCUGGCAGAAGAUCAGAUCUCCGCCAGCGAGGUGGACGAGUUUAGCUUGCCAGAUUGCAGGUUGGCCAUUGUGGAUUUAGGGAAAGGCGCUGUGAGCCCAGGAGACGUGAUUUUUCUCCACGGCGGCAUGGCCAAUGAGCAUGCCGAGCGCUUGGGAGUCGAUGGGCGGAGGCUGAUCCGACAGCACCUGUGCAGUGGUGGGGGUGUGAUGGGCGUUUGCGCUGGAGCCCAUUGGCUCUCAUGCCGAGACCUCCCUUUGUGGGGGCAUAUCUUGCCAGCCGUGCCGCAUGACAACAAAGAUUGGAGACGCGGCAUUGGCGAGGUGAGCAUCGCCCUGACGGUGGAAGGACAGCGGCUCCUAGGCCUGAAGGACUCCUCCAUGUCCCUGCGCUACGCGAAUGGACCCUUGUUGGUGGCACUGCAUUCGGAGACGUAUCAGAACUACCAGCCUGGCCGGGCGACCGAGGAGGAGGAGGCGAAGCUCGCGGGGCCCGGAGCGGUGCCUUUGGCGGUCUUCUCCGACUGCGCAGAUUCGAAGAUCACCGGUUGGACGAGCAUGAAGGGCCAUGCUGCCGCAUGGGCGUGGUGUACAUCGCAGGGAGGUCGGGUGAUUGCCCUCUCGCCCCAUCCGGAGUAUCACCAGACGGCAGAAUCCCGGUUACCGGCUUGCACCGAUGCGGACAACAGCGGCUCCAUCUCCAAACUGGAGCUGGUUGCGGCGAUGCAAAAUAACCCUUCGGUGGACGAGUUCCUCAUGCCGGGCGUCGACAGCAGCCGGAUCAUGGAUGAUGAGAAUCUCUUUGAGAAGAUCGAUGGCCUGUUCGAGGGGAACUCCGAAUCUUCAGUUCAUUCUGGCACGGUGCUGGGGCUUUGGGCUUGGCUGAUCAAGCGGCCGCUGAGCGACACCCCACGGGCGAAGAAGAUCGUCUACUUGGUACGCCAUGCCGAGUCCAUGGAAAACGAACGGGUGCAUGCCUACGACCGCUUGCGGCGCGACCUCGCGCGGGGAGAUUGGCCCAAGGUGACUGAUGUGGCCAGCGCGCUGCAAUUGCUGUCCUUCAACUUGGACACGCCCUUGUCUCGCCGUGGCGAAAGGCAGCUUCAGGACAUGAAGGAGCAGCUGCAAACUGCAUCCUUCCUGCAGGAGGCCUCUCCAGAGCUGCUGGUCUUCAGCCCCUUGCAGCGCGCCAAGAGGACGGCGGAGGUGCUCUUCGGCGAGGAGGUUCCCAAGGAGGCCAUGAAGAGCUUAGUCGAGCGCACCCCAUACGAGGCAUUUUGCUCUGAACAAUUUCAAGAGCGCCUCCUGGGUUUCAAGGACUGGCUGGCCAAGAUCCCACAGAAUCGCGUGGUGGUGGUGGCUCACUGUCAGUUCUUUGCAAAGCUCUUGGGAAAAGGCUGCGGGAUGGAGCGGUAUCUCAGCAACACCGAGGUCAAGCGCUGCAUCUUCGACCCCGAAAUCGGCGUCUUUGAGGAUGUGGUCUCGCUCUUCGAACCAGAUGAACAUAGUAGCGGCGAGGAAAUGUAG